AUCUGCCCCUUUCUUUCCCUCUCUCCCUUGGUUUUCCACAAAGCGUCUUGCUGCUUGGAGCCUGAGAUCUAUGAAGGCUGGAAGCAGGACUGACAGGCUCUCCUCCUCUCUACCCCACUAGCAGGGGUGGUGGUGGAAGCUCUUAACCUUCCCGGAGGGGGAUGCUAUAGAAGCCCACAAAGGCAAAGGCAAGCAGAGGCUCUGGCAGCCUGUCGUCCUGCCCCCAAGCAGGGCCCAUAGCAAUGAAGAGAUCACUGGCACUAAGUGCCCUUUUGCUCAUCUGCCUGCUAGUCCAGGCUUAUUGCAAUGAGAGGGAUGUGGAAGAGAGAUCUGGAGCGCCAACACAGCUGCCACCACCCCAGCAUCACACUUCCAGGGCUCAGAGUAACUAUGAGAAAUACAGCAAGCGGCCAAGAGGUUCAGAGUGUGUGCGCUGCUGCGAUCCUCCUGAGCCCUUUGCAGCAUACCCCAUGUACCAGCCUAUGCCUCAGAUCAACAUUACCAUCCUGAAAGGUGAGAAAGGAGACAGUGGUGAGCGCGGCCUUCAAGGGAAGCUGGGCAAGGCUGGUUCUGCAGGAAGUAAGGGCCAGAUGGGCUUCAAGGGGCAAAAGGGCAACAUCGGGGCUCCUGGGGAGCAGUAUAAGACCAACUAUGCUGCCUUCUCGGUGGGCCGCAGAAAACCCCUGCACAGCAACGACUACUACCAGACACUUGUUUUUGACACUGAAUAUGUGAACCUCUAUGGACACUUCAAUAUGUUCAUGGGCAAGUUCUACUGCUAUGUGCCUGGUGUCUAUUUCUUCAGUCUCAAUGUGCACACAUGGAACCAGAAGGAAACCUACCUGCACAUAAUGCACAAUGGGGCUGAGGCAGCCAUCUUGUAUGCCCAGGCCAGUGACCGAAGCAUCAUGCAGAGCCAGAGCCUCAUGCUGGAGCUGCAGGACCAGGAUGAAGUCUGGGUACGGCUCUUUAAGGGUGAGCGCGAUAAUGCCAUUUUCAGCGAUGAAUAUGAUACAUAUGUUACCUUCAGUGGAUACCUAAUUAAGUCCAGCUCUGAGCCUUGAAUCUGCAGGCAGAUGUACAAAAUACAACCAAGAAUUUCACCUUGCUCUAUCCUUAUAGUGCCUUCCUGCGUACUGAUUCCUGACCUCACAUAUCUGUCAGAACCCACCCUUGAGUUCUGAAACCAGUUCUGUGAUCUUACCCUUAUUAAACAAUGACCUCUUUUUCCUUGGACAAGGCUUUUCCCUUGCUUUAACCUCUGACCUUUCUCUUCUCCCAUCUCCAAGCCUUGACCCUUGGCAUUAAUACCCCCAAUACUAUCUUCCCUCAUGCUAAUCUAAUUACUGCCCUAUCCAUGACCCACAAUUCCCUCUGCCCUACUAGGACUCACAUCCUCCUAAAUAAUUAAGACACUGCUUCUGUACACAUCUCCUUAGACUGAUUUUAUUCUUGUGUUGCCAUUCCCAGCCUUUGAUUUCACAUGUCCUGCUGGAAUCUUCCUCCGCUGCUGCCCUCAUGUCAUGACUGCACUAUUUCUUUUCAUGCUGACCCCAUGCCUUGGCCUCCUCAUUCUUAAUCUCCCCAUUUUGAUUAUCGGGACCCUGCUCAAUGCUCCUGCCUCCUCAGUGCAGGCACUCUUAGGAGGGUAGGAGGCUGCCUUCUACUGACUCAGAGCUGGCUAAGUAUUAUCUACACUGUCUGGCAACAGCUCUCCGGCAGUUCAGUCUCUCUCAGCCCUACCUGGAGAUGCCAGGGAUGGCACCCGGGACCUUCUGCAUGCAAAACAGAUCUCCACCACCGGAUCUCACUGCUGCCUGUCUAGUCCCUGUCCCUGACUUCACCAACUGGGCAGGGGCCAUAUUCUAUUGCUUACACCAGCAGUGGGAGACCUCUAGCCUGCAGACUUAAUUAGGCCUGCCUAGUCCUUCCAAAUGGCUCACAAGUAGGGUUGCCAGGUUCUUGUCCUGAGACUGAUCCUGUAUCGUCAGGAGAAGAGAAAGUCAGCCAAGUGCAGG